CAUCAUAUCCUAGAAGAAGCUCAUCAUGGGUAUCCAGGGUUUGACCAGCUUCAUAGAUCAGUGUGGAACACUUUUAAAAGAUGGUCAUUUCAGAAACAGCAAGGUGGUCAUAGAUGGUAGUAAUAUAUUCCACUUUCUUUAUUUUAACUCAAGUGUGGAUCAGCAGCAUGGAGGGGAUUUUGAGGACCAGGUCUGCAAGUUCUUCAAGGCGCUGAGAGAUUGCGGCAUUGAACCUUAUGUGAUUAUAGACGGAGGCUCCGACCCCACCGACAAAAAGUUUGAAACUCUCAGAAAACGAGCUGAAUCAAAGAUCGACACAGCCAACAUGUUGUCCAAGGGGCUUCGAGGGGCUUCAAUGGGCUUUGAGGAGCUUCGAGGGGCUUCGAGGGGCUUCAAGGGGCUUCAAGGGGCCAGGUUAAUACCAACCCUUGCCAGACAAGUCUUUAAAGAGGUCCUUUCCAGCUUAGGGGUCCCGUUCGCACAGGCCCUUUCUGAGGCAGACCAAGAAAUAGCCUCACUGGCUCAAAGGUGGAACUGUCCGGUCCUGUCCAAUGACAAUGACUUUUAUAUUUUUGACAUCCAAGCUGGAUUUCUUCCCAUGUCCCAUUUUCAGUGGCAGAACGCGUCAGUGCAAAAUGACAUCCCCUGCAAGCUGUACACCACAACAAGCUUCUGCAGACACUUCAACAUCAACAGACAGCUUCUCCCAGUCUUCGGUGCCAUCGCAGGAAAUGACUAUGUCAACUUGGAUAAGAUGGGCUUUCCCAUCAGGUGGAAAGACAACUCGCCGAUGGAACCCAAACGAAAGCCAAGGGUUGUCUUUUUAAACAAGUUGCUGAAAUGGCUGGCCAGUUUCCAGGAGAAGCAGGAGGCCUUGGACAAUGUGCCGCUCCUCAUUGGUCAUGGGGAAAACAACAUGGAUGCUGCCCUCCAGGCCCUCUCUCAGGGCAUAGAAACAUACCAGAUUCAACCCGAAUGCCUGGAGCGUUUCUUCAAUGAUGGCGAGGCUCCUGAUCCCGGCCUUCUCCCAAACCAUCUGAGUGUCCUUCCAGACUGGACCCUGCUGCCGUUGACGAAGGGGACACUUCCCCCCUACAUGAUAUACAUUCUGCAGCGGAGGCCAGUGAUACAGGGUAUCCAAGUGGAAGAUCACAGCUUACCCAGUGGGAACAUCACCUCUCGGCCCAUACGGCAGGUAUUCUACGGGCUGCUGCUGGGUGAAGGGGGGAAAGUGGAGGAGUAUGACAGGGAAGGGAAGAACCUGACCAGCAGCAUGGUUACAGCCAUCCUGCCCAGUGCUGCACAACAGCUGCAGCUGGACACACUGGAUCAGACUCCAUAUUUUGAGCGGCUUGAGGUAUUUUUGGGGACCGUUGGUGUGUCCCAGUCCACUUUGAAGGGUGUCCCACCUCAACUGGGACUUCCUGUGGCUGUUACCUACUACUGGCUGAGGCACGCCCAUCCCCAACCAGACCGUCCUCUCCUGCAGGCCCUGCUACUAGGACUGGUGUAUGGAGAGCUCUGCAGACAGAGGAAGAGCCAGAGAGGGUUCAUAGAGGAGGAACCAGUGUUGGAGAGGAUGAGAGGGCUGAUUCAGAGACCUGCUAUGAGUCUAGACCUGGGUGUGGCCCACGUCUUUAGCCAAUGGAAUCGUUGCAUGAGGGAUGGCCUUGACCUGAACCAACUGCUGUGUCUCCCUCUACCUGAGCCUCAGUGUGCCUGGCUGUACAAGGGAACUCUGGUACACCAGCUUGUGGGCCAACUGAGAGGGGGGGUGACCCCGGAUUCUCUCCUAAGGGAAGACCCUUCCUCUGUGCAGCUGUACAGAGCCAUGCUGGAAGCCAUACUCAACUCCCAGGAAGCUGAGACCACUGGACAACCUGACGGCCCCUCUGCAGAUUCUGUCGCUUGUGGAAGAAGAGGAUGUUGAUGAUGAUGAUGAUGAUGGUGCUGGAGGAGGUUGUACUGAAGUCCCAAUGUCCCACUGCAAGAGGAAGGAAAGAUUUAACAAAGCUCUGUCAAGUUGUAAAUAUCGGGACCACUAUAUACAGACCACUAUACAACUGUUGAAUUAUAGAUAUAUGAACCACUAUACAUACAACUGCUGAGUUAUAGAUAUAGGACCACUAUAUAGGGACCACUAUAUAGGGACCACUAUAUAGGGACCACUA